CCAAACUCAAGAAAGCAUGAUUCCAAUUCUUUUGCUCAUCGAAAUCUUUAAUCACAAAUGUUUUCCUCUUGUCUACAAACGGUAAAUUUUUUUAUACGUCGCUUUUCUUGACGACCACUCAAAGCUGCUUCACACCACAUUCACCCAUUCAUCCAUGUGCAGCACAUCUAGACUAAUGUCCAGCUGUAGACUAGUGGAGCCCAGAAUCAAACUCACAACCUUCCAGUUGAAAGACAACUCUCUCACCCAUCAAGCCUCCACCACGUGUGGCACUCACUUUGAUUAUUGGAGAUUAUUUUCUGCUCACUUAUGGCAGCUUGGUAAACAAUGCUGCUUUUUGUGUACAAUCACGGAGCUGCUGUAUUUGUUCUCCUAAUGUGAUUUAAGUUGCAUUACAUUGAGCUGACUUGUUGUAUUUAUAGCAGCUUAGUGCCUUUUCUUGUUAUUGAGACGCAGAGCUCACUGUGUACGAGCGGCUUUGAGGCUGUAGAUUAAACUCUACCUGCUGUUGCAGGAACACAUCUCUAACAUGUUCUUGUGUUAUUUGUUUGUCUGCACUGAGGUGAAGGAAGGUGUGGAUCUGUAAUUUAAGUCGUGUCGACUGGUGAUAAUGGAAGAUAAACACAGAGACAAAGGAUUACGAGUGCUCAGGGACGCUGCAGCCGUAUAAAGCCUGGAAAGAGGAUACGCUGUGAAAUGUGUUGUUGUUGUUGUGUGUAUGAGCACAUGUGUGAGAGACGCCAUGGGAGCAGUGCUGAGCUGGUUCAGUGCUCACCUGUGUGAUAAACUGACACGCUGGAGACCCCAGGAAGCUCUUGAAGAAUACUCCCACCCCUCAGAGGAGGGAGAUUUUGCUGCAGAUUCCUUGGAGAGGUUCGACAGAAGCCUAGGAGGCGGAGACACAUCUGAUGAGUAUUUUGACUCUCACUCAUGGCACAGCGACGCCCUGUCAGAUUUAACUCCAGACGGGGAGGAGUGUCUGGUUGCCCUGCUCGAGCUGGAGGAAGCGUACGAUGGUCGCAGAGCAACGGGCAGCAGCUUCCACAGUGGACAGAGUAAAGGACGCAGGAGAGAGUCAGUGACAGCAAAAAACAGUCAUGGGAAUAAAGCGUGUCUGGGACAAACUGGUUGUAGCAGAAGGAAAAGCCCAGAGAACUAUUUAGACUCAGCGCUCAGCGCCAGAGAUCUUUGCUCGUCCCAUCCACAUCAAGAGGAAAUUAAAGGUGACCUGCAACAACAACCCGGUUUGCAGACUGCCUGCACAGAAAGUCAACUCGACAGUUACACAGAGCCACACAGUUCACAGUUACUGAGCCAACACAACAGAAUAAAGGUAAAUACUCCACCAGACACACAGGAAGUCAAGCUGCUGGCAGAACCUGAGGAGGACAAUCCCCACAGAUGGAAUGAGUGUGCAGAGGCUAAAACACACAUAGAUGCAACAGAGGCACAACAACUAGAACUGUUAGGAUGUUGUGACGUACAGGAUGUAGAAAAACAUAACAUCAAACUGUGCGACACUGAGAAAAACACAGGUUUAACGAGAUCCAUCAGUGACUCUAACGAUCACAGACAGAGAGGAAGUUUACAACAACAUCGUAUAGUCACUGACGACACGGGCAGUGAGAGUGUGCGAGCGUGUCGUUACCAAACUCAUCCGAAAAUAGAGAUUCGCUGUAAAAACGAUUCAUACGUAACAGACGGACAUUUCACGGGAGUAACAAAUGCACACAAAUCAAAGUGUGUGUGUACACCAGCACAUUCUAACGACACAGACAGAGCAGAGACAUGGGAAUCAAAUAACACAAACUCAGAGACUCUCAGAACACAAACCAGUGCAGCUGCUGAGGAAAGCCCCAGCAGAGGCGCGUCAGAGAGCCACCCGCAGGUUUGUUAUAAUCAGGUGUCAGGUGUCUGCUUCCAGGCACAGCAGUGUGUGUGUGCUGCCACUGUCACAGAGGGGACAGUGAAGGAAAUCUGUUCCUCUGUCACUUUUUCCCAAGAGUCCUCAGCCGCGCUCUCAUUGGACGCCGGCGCUACUGAGCAGAUUGUUUCAAAAGAAUCCACUGGGAGGGAUCGAGAUAACACACGACCUCUAACGCUAAAGCCACGGCGCGGUCUGGGUCAAACUCAGGAUAGAAUUCAUAAUAAGUUAGAUCAAGAGGCACAUUUAGACUCUACAGAACCAGGACCUGACUCGUCUGAGGAAUCCUUGCAUCCUCACAUGUUCUCAGAUAAUCAGCUUUUUUUAUCUGGCAACCAAGAAGCAGAGGAGACGUCCCGUCUGUUAUCAGGGAAGUUUACAGGAGGAGGCGGGACGUUAGGAUCGUCCUGCCCUCGUCUCCGUCAAACUGAGGACGCUUGUGUCGUUUUUGACCAGAAAAACACUGUGGAAAUAGUGAGGAAAGUCAGUCUUCCACAGUCUGGCACAGCAGGGGUUUCUGAGCUCAGGGAGCAGAGAGUCAUUCCAGGAGCAAGUGUCAGUCAUCCUUUCUUUUUGUCUCAGCAACUGCCGAACACGAACCCUGACAUUAGAGAAACGUCAACACAUGCAGACGCUGGCCAGUCCAGACAGGUUGGUAAUGGAGAACGACCAAGUCCAGGUCCAGAUACGAUUUCCCAACAAACCGCUGUCAGUGCAGAUUCAAGGCGAGUUCAGCUGGAUCUCCCUGAACCUUUGUGUAGCUUGAGAACUUCUCUUCUCUCAGACUCCAACAAUAACACCAAGGCCAGUAUUAGAAGGGUUCAGAGAGGGGAGGGUGUUGGCUGUGUCUCAGCUGGAGUCCAGAUCAGCUGCAAAGAUAAUGGACAAACAAAAGAUCUGACCCCGGACCAUGUGGCAAACGUAGACGAUCCUCAGGAUAAUUCUGUGGCGUCGCUUUCUUCACUGGUCCACAGAUCCAGGAGCAAUGAGGAUGUAAAGUGCAGUCAAGGCAAAGACCUUUGCAACCAUUUAUAUUCAAGACAUGUUCAUACAGAGGAGUUAGAACAACUAACAACACAAGAAAGAACAGAGGAUAAAAAGCUUUUAAGUACAUUUUGGCUCCAGUGUGCUAAUGUGGAUGAAGCCCUCAGGCCCAUAAAUGUAGAUGUUUACAGUGAAUGUAAAGAAGAGAAGCAGCUACGGGAUCACAACGUUCCUGCUGCAACGAUAGACAGCUUAUCUGAAUCAAAGUGCAGCGAGCACCCACAGGUAUAUUCACACCCCAGCAACAGCCUGAACCUUCUCACUGUGAGAGGGUUAGAGCCAAUCUGGGAGUCUGAGCAUCCAGUGGAAAAAAAAGACCCGCAAAUAAUGAGGCCUGCCGAGGACAGGGGUGUGGUUUCCCUUUCAGGGGACACCUCCAGUCCAGCAGGUCCGCGGCACCAAGCUGCAAACCCUGCUGAGUUAGAGGCCGACGUGCACACAGCCACACCUGUCCAACGCAGCAACAGCGAAAAGCAUUGUAGACCCAUGACGGUUGCCUACGAUGCUGUGUGUUACACCUCAGUCAGUGGCAGCUGCAGUGAGUAUGAGGACGCCCACUUUUCUGCUGCAGACACACAUGCAGAUGCUGAUGGAACGAUCAAGAGGAGAAAAACGAAACAAAGCCAAACAGGAAAUAGAGGCUCUGCGUUUUCUGUCUUUGCUAAAAUGCCUUCUUUUAGGAAGGCUAAGGGUGCAAAGGGUUGCAGAAGUGAGGAGGUACCCCAGGAGUCAUUGGAUGGAGGAGAGGGCCCGAUGUCUGAACAGGGGCCGGGGACAGACAACUUAGAUGACGAGGUUUUUGAGAAAGACCAGACAUUCCAACAGGAAAUGUCCCCAGUGGGAAACAACAUAGAAAAAGAGGACUGUGGGUUUUUACACUCAACUCCAAACUCUGACCACGUCCCUCAUCUGGACAGUCAAAGCAGUGUCCACGUUGGUAACGGUGGAACAAGCCCAGAUAAUGCCCUUUCUGAGCAAGUUGACUCACCUAACAGACAGUCGUACAAGAGGAGCAAGAGUAAUGACAGUUUAAACAUCCGCAUGCGCUUUGCACAAGCACACAAGACGCUUUCAAGUCUUUUCGAGUCGCGCUCCAUUGACAAGAAGAACGAGGAUUCUGUGGACACUGAUGUGGAUUCUGGUAAAAUCAAACAAUCCUGGAGGAAGCUGAAAAAGGCCAAGGAGGCAGAGCUGCUUAAAAAACCUCAGACCGCGUCAGACGGGGAAUGUAGCAGCAUCACUUCAGGACAAGACUGUGGACACUUUGCGUCCUCCCCGCUCCUGGACAGGUCCAGCAAUCCAGGGUCACUGUCCUCCAUUAGAAACCUACGCCACACUGAUCCCAUCUCCAAACGUGGAUUCUCACCAGGAAGUGGAAAUGAAAACCCACUUGGCUGCAAAUCUGAAGGUCAGAGAAGAAAGUGUUCCCCAAAUGCUUCACUUUUUGACGACUCUCCGGUCUUACAAACCAACCACAGCGGCCCGGGUUCACCGCUGAGUCCCACUUCAUCUGCUUCCUUUGCUCAUCAGCACUCAGUGGCCUGUGAGGGCGUGUCUGAAAGCCCCUUACGGCCAAUGAGCCCUAAACCCAACAGCCCCAGACCAGCAGCUCAGCGUAAACUGUUUCGCUUCCCUCACUCAUCGAGGGCCACUUCUGUGUGUCCUACUGUUCUCGCUCAGUCGGUCAGUGUGGAGGGCCUGACCGACCCCCCUGAGAGACCUAAGACCCUGAAACCUUCCACAAGCCCACUGGGUGUCAGCCUCAGCCUUCUGGAUGCAGCUGAGCACAGAACAGAGAGCCAGUCACACAUCAACCUGUUUGCCAUUGGCUUCAUCAGUGAUCCGGAGGGCACACACAGUGAUGGUCGACCUGCCAGCCACACCAGAACAAGAAAGCAUUUGGACGUAGAGGGCGAAGGGAAGUCCUCGGUGGUUCUUGGUGGGCUAAGGACGGGCCACUGGGUGGAUGUGGGUCGUCGUCAGAGAAACUCUACAGACGACCUUUGGAUUGAAGAGCAAAAGAAAUAUAAACGCAAACUGGCACGAGCCAUCAGAGGAAGCGUGGGACAGCUCAACACUCUGAUAUCAGCAGACAUGGACAAAACUGAUAACGGCGUCACCUCAGGACUCAUCAAGGCUUUCAGAGGAAUGCCGCUCAAGGCCCACUGCUUCUCACACAGCACUCCCAUUGGACUGGACUGUCUGGGCUGGAGGAGACACGUCUCUUACACCUCGGUGGUCAUUCCUGAUGGAGCAUCAGAGAAGGCAGCGCUCGGAGACGAGCUGGGAAGUGAAGACGAUCUGCUGUAUGAAGACUUUCGCAGUUCUGGACAUCGUUUUGGACACCCAGGAGGAGGGGGAGGGGAGCAGCUGGCCAUCAAUGAGGUAGGCAGAAUGGACAUGUUGUUUCUACCACUCAGUGAGGAACUUCACCAUGAGUUUGGUAAGAAGCAUUAUGAUUGUUCCAGACAAUACUGAUGUAUAUAUCGGCCCGAUAUUAGCCUAUUAUUAUGAUAUCGGUUCAUAUCAGUAUCGGUUUAUCUGCCAAUAAUCAAAACCCGAUAUAAUAAUGCCUGGAUUUUCCAUAAAUAUGCGAGUAAAUGCUUGGAAUUCAUUCGGGCACGCUUGAGUUGCAGUAAGCAGUAAUGACAAGAGGACACUCAGUAGAACUUUUAUUUUGACAGUCACAGCGUUGCACAAGACACCACUUCCAGUGAAUACCCAGAGAGUCAUUAACUGCAUGAACACUCGUAACUCAUGGUGCAAACACAAAACCUUGGGAAAGCCGUGUCUCCCAGAAUGCAUUUCACCGGAACAGAGAAAAUAAAUAAAUAUAAA